GUAAAGUGUGUUCGAUACUGGCCAGAUGACACAGAGGUCUAUGGAGAUAUUAAAGUCACAUUAAUUGAGACAGAACCGUUGGCAGAGUAUGUCAUACGCACAUUUACUGUACAAAAGAAAGGCUACCAUGAGAUCCGAGAGAUUCGGCAGUUCCACUUCACCAGCUGGCCCGACCACGGGGUUCCUUGCUACGCCACAGGCCUCCUGGGCUUCGUUCGGCAAGUGAAGUUUCUCAAUCCCCCAGAAGCAGGACCCGUUGUUGUGCACUGCAGCGCUGGGGCUGGGAGAACAGGGUGCUUUAUUGCCAUCGACAUCAUGCUUGACAUGGCAGAGAACGAAGGCGUGGUGGAUAUAUUCAACUGUGUGCGAGAGCUACGAUCCCAAAGGGUCAAUUUGGUGCAGACGGAGGAACAGUAUGUAUUUGUCCAUGAUGCCAUUUUGGAGGCAUGUCUCUGCGGCAACACGGCCAUUCCAGUUUGUGAGUUCAGAUCCAUAUAUUACAACAUCAGCAGACUAGAUCCGCAGACCAAUUCCAGCCAGAUAAAAGAUGAGUUUCAGACUCUCAAUAUUGUGACACCGCGUGUUCGGCCAGAAGAUUGCAGCAUCGGUCUUUUGCCAAGGAACCAUGACAAGAACCGCUGCAUGGAUGUGUUGCCCUUGGACCGGUGCCUGCCGUUCCUCAUCUCCGUGGAUGGCGAAUCAAGUAACUACAUCAAUGCUGCACUCAUGGAUAGCCACAAGCAACCUGCUGCCUUUAUUGUAACCCAGCACCCUUUGCCCAACACCAUAGCAGACUUCUGGAGGCUGGUGUUUGAUUAUAACUGCUCCUCUGUUGUGAUGCUGAACGAGAUGGAUGCAGCACAGCUCUGCAUGCAGUACUGGCCAGAGAAGACGUCCUGUUGUUAUGGCCCAAUUCAAGUAGAGUUCGUUUCAGCAGACAUUGAUGAAGAUAUCAUCAACCGGAUAUUCCGCAUCUGCAACAUGGCCAGGCCUCAGGAUGGAUAUCGCAUAGUUCAGCACCUGCAGUACAUCGGCUGGCCAGCGUACAGGGACACCCCUCCUUCCAAACGCUCCCUCCUGAAGGUAGUCAGAAGGUUGGAGAAGUGGCAGGAACAGUAUGAUGGGAGAGACGGACGGACUGUUGUCCACUGCCUGAAUGGUGGGGGACGCAGCGGCACCUUCUGUGCCAUCUGCAGUGUGUGUGAAAUGAUUCAACAACAAAAUAUCAUUGAUGUGUUCCACAUAGUGAAAACGUUACGGAAUAACAAAUCCAACAUGGUGGAGUCACUGGAACAGUAUAAAUUUGUAUACGAGGUUGCACUGGAAUACUUGAGUUCCUUUUAGCCCGGCAGAGGGAGGGGAGCCUCCGAAACGCCAGACCCCAAUCUCUGGCAGAUGCUUCUCCCCUCUCCCACAUGUGGAAGGCAGUAACAAGUGUGGGAAGGAAAACCUUUCCUUCCCAGAGCAAGAGACUGCGAUUGCACAGACCUCGCUGGAUGGAGGAGAUGAUGCCUGUGUUUGCUGCUGCCUGCUUUCUAUCGGAACAUCUACUGCUUCUUAAAUAACCUAGUGUAAAAAUUAGCAAAAAGGGAGACAAGCUGAAAGACUGGACUUUCUAAUCCCCUCUGACUACUUCUCUCCUCUUUUGGAUUGUAUUUUUGCUCUCCUUGCUGUAGAGUGGGGAAAGAAUGAAACGCUUAGGAAAUUCUCUUUUAAAUGUCUCCUUUUUAAUUUAUAAUUUUGUUCUCAACUCCCGGUCUUUAAUUUCUGAAUUUCAUGCAGCAGUCAUUUGGGAAAAAUGAGAUAGCCAUAGGGAAUAUAUGAAAUGUUUCAUUACAAUUUGUCUACUUUAUGUUUCCUUUUAUUUGUUUUUCCAAACGAAAA